AUGAUUGAAUCAUUUCGUGUGCUCGACCUCACGGAAGGAUGCAAAAUUCUAUGUAAAUGGGAGGAGAAUCUAUAUGAAGCGACGAUCAUCCAUCGUUCAAAUCACACGAUUACUCCGUCGUUUACCAUCACAUAUAAUGGCUAUUCUAGCAGACAUGAUGAAGUGUACACCUAUGAAGAAGCGAGACAUGCGUUUUUUCCGGUCACCCCCGAAGAUCUGUCCAUGAUUAGGAAAAGGGACCGAGAACGUGUGAAGGGCAGGUCGUCUGGUGGCAAAAAGCGCCGAAUUGAGCAAACGGAAUCAUCGCCGGAUGACAGAAAAAAGAGAAGAGAAAUGGAAGCGAAAAAACGCGAAGAGCGUUUAGAAGCGCGUAAACGAAAACAAGCCAACCGUAUGGCGACAAUUGAUCAGCGGGAUCAGGGCUCGUCCUCAUCGAGCACGUCGACUGGAGCGAAUGGCUCGGCGGCUGCGGCAGUGGAACGUAAAAUAGAUUCACGAAAAGUUAAGGAGCCUAUUCGCCGUGUUGCGCUACAAAGAAUGGCGGGAAAACCGCCAGGCACGCCAUUGCCAAGAAUCGAGGCGUCUUUAACAAAUGACGACGACGGCGAAAUUCGAAGCAAACGUCGUCUCGAAGUUCCGCUACCGCCGGUUCUUCAAGUUAGUGGAGAUUCUUUGACGAAACACGAACUUCGUCAAAUCAAAACACCUGCCGACGUCACUAUCUAUACCAUAUUUCUGAAAUAUCUCUCGACACUUAGCAUCUGCGAAGCUCACUUUGAAAUGCUCAAAAAGGAGUACACGUGCAACAUAUCGGUGACAUCGAUUGAGCCAAUGGACAUGAUUAUUUUUAUCAGCGAGGGAUACAACAAAAUGAUGGCGAAUGAUCUGGCCAAGAUCGAAGGAAAUGAUGCCAUUUAUCUUCGAGACACGUAUGAUGGAAAUUACGAGAAUUGGUUCGGGGCCACGAGCCUCCUGCGUUUCAUGUCGAAAUUGGACAAUGCUUGGCAAGCAUCGGCGUGGACCAACACUCAUUUCAAGUCAAUGAAAGGCAAGAUUACCAACUUCGUGGCGUACCUCAACAAAAAUAGACAUAAUUUUCUUGAAAAGGAGGUAGAGUCCAACUCUGGCUCAGGACCUAGCCAGUAA